AAUGGUCCCCUCUCGACGGUUGCCUUAGUAACAGAGCGCACUUCCUAUUUUUCCGCUUCGACGCGGGUGAAGGAUGGCGCAGGUUUUGUCUCGAGUUGAAUCCAUUGAGGGAGACGAUUCUCUCUCUAUUUCAACAUUUUUAAAGCCAGCAGAACAUUUGCAGACUUGACAACGUAUUCGUUCAUGUCGCAAAGAUGCGUCUUAGGAGGGAUACUAUUACAUAAUGCACUUCGAAAUAUCUUGAGUGUCCAAGUGUCAGGUGUGUCCUGCUAAGGAGCAACCAGUGGAUGCAGCAAAGAGUGCCGCUCAGUCAGAGUGCGACUUUGCAUCACCCGACAUUGAACCAGAGCCCCAGGAAGAGCUAGAGUCCCAGAGGGCCUCUCCAUCCCCUCCUCCCAGCCCAGAACCAGAUCCAGUCAAGAGAGCAGAGCCUGAACCUAAACCAAAGGCCCAGGAUGCCAAAGUAGCACCUGAACCGGUGACCCAACAACCACAGAAAGCAGAGGGGGCAGAGGACAGAACCGCACCUGACACCGCUACCAAAGAGGAGGGGGAGACUGCAGAGGAGGGUGGCUGUGGUGUCCCUGCCAGCUGUGAUGCAGUAAAGAGCUGUCUCAUGCGUGUUCCCCACGCGCCUGCGUGCCUCGACAGCUUCAACAACCUGCUGAAAGAGCACAACAUCACCCCUCCUAAACUUCCCCCCAUGCCCCAGCUCCCCAGCAAUCUCUCCCAUCUCUCCCAGUUCACCUCCCAGGUCACCCAGCUAGUGCCCUCUCUCCCACCAGAACUCGCCCAAGAGCUCUCCCAGUACACUCGGCCAUUCACCCAAAUGUCCCAGCGUGUUUCCCAACUGCCACAACAGAUCUCUCAACUGCCCCAAAUGAUGUCCCAACUGCCCCAGCAGCUCCAAGUUCAAAUAACUCAGGAGUUACCCGGUCUACCCACCAACCUAACCCAGCAGUUAUCGAACUUACCCCAAACCCUGGCCAAUAUCCCCAGCCAGAUAUACAACAUACCUCAGCGAGCAGGACAAUCCUACGCCAACGUGCAGAACCGCCUGAACAGCCUUAUGCCUCAGGAUGCCUAAGCAGCAGCAGCAGAAUCUUGACCUGGAGAUGGACCACCUGAUCCGCCAGGUCCCCCUCCACCACCGCACCCCCUCCCCGUCCUCCCCCAAUAGUACCCUGGAGAUGCCCAACGUGCCCUCCUACCCCCAACUGCCCCCCAUCAGCCUGUCCAGGCAGCUGUCAGGGCUUUCCAACCCCGCCUUCCACAUCGAGGACGACCCCACGUCCGCUCGGUCCUCAGCGAGCUCCAGGCUCAGUGUGCACCCUGCUGUCAACGUGGAGGACGUGGAUUCAGGCGGAGGGGGGCACCGUCGACACAUUCGCCAAAUCCUCACCCCCCAGGACCCCAACCUCAAGACCCUGACCGUACCCAGAGUCUCCAAAGCCAGCCGCCAGAGCAAAGUUGCCGAUAAAGAAAAGAACCUGCACUCUCAGAGUGAGGAUGAUGAUGAAGAGGAGACUGAGACCGCAGUGAGGGCGUGGCCUAGCCAGUCCAGCAUCCUCAGUGGAGACGAUGGGCUAAAGGAGCGGCCAGCGUCGUCCGCUAGCCAGGCCAGCUACGUGGUGAACGAGCGCCUACAGGAGCUGGUCAAGAUGUUUAAGGAGAGGACAGAGAGGGCCAAAGAGAAACUCAUAGACCCAGAUGACUCUGAUGAUGACAGUCCCACUGCCUCCCCUGCGAGAGCUCCAACACCUCCUCCUGCGCCUCCAGAGGAGCCGGAGGAGGAAGCACAACCAGCCUCCCCUGAGAGGGAGAUGGAGGAGCAGCAACCCCAGUCUAGACUGUGUUGCAAGGUGACGCCUCCUCGCUGGAUCAGAGCCCUGCUUCAGUACCGCUUCCCCUCUAGCAUCGACCCCUUCACCAAUCUGGUCUAUGUGCUGUGGCUAUUUUUCGUCACCUUGGCGUGGAACUGGAACGUGUGGCUGAUCCCGAUGCGCUGGGCCUUCCCCUACCAGACCCCUAGUAACAUCUACCUGUGGCUGCUAGCCGACUACCUGUGUGACCUCAUCUACAUCCUGGAUAUCAUGGUCUUCCAGCCCCGCCUGCAGUUUGUCCGCAGUGGCGACAUAGUGUUUGACAAAAAGGACAUGCGAAAGAAUUACAUGAAAACUUUCCGGUUCAAGAUGGAUGUGAUCAGUCUUGUGCCACUGGAAUUGUUCUAUUUUAAAACUGGGAUCAACCCACUCCUCCGCUUCCCACGGCUACUAAAGGUAAUGUCUUUCUUCGAGUUCAACGACCGUCUUGAGGCCAUCCUGACCAAAGCCUAUGUUUACAGAGUGAUCCGGACCACCAGCUACCUGCUGUACUGCCUCCACUGUAACGCCUGUCUGUUCUACUGGAUCUCUGCGUAUGAAGGUCUGGGCUCCACAAAGUGGGUCUAUGAUGGAAAGGGCAACAGUUACAUCCGCUGCUACUACUUUGCUGUGAAGACUCUGAUCACCAUUGGUGGACUGCCGGAGCCCACAACGCUCUUUGAAAUCAUCUUUCAGCUCAUCAACUACUUUGUAGGAGUGUUUGCCUUUUCCAUCAUGAUAGGACAGAUGAGAGAUGUGGUUGGUGCAGCCACUUCCGGACAGACGUACUACAGAGCAUGCAUGGACAACACUGUCAAAUACAUGGCCUCCUACCGUAUCCCCAAAGACGUUCAAAACCGGGUCAAAACCUGGUACAACUACACCUGGCAGUCCCAGGGCAUGCUGGAUGAACAGGAGCUUCUGGUCCAGCUCCCAGACAAGAUGAGGCUGGACAUCGCUGUGGAUGUCAACUAUGACAUUGUCAGUAAAGUCUCUCUCUUCCAGGGUUGCGACAGACAGAUGAUCUUUGACAUGUUAAAGAGUCUGAGGUCUGUCGUUUACCUCCCGGGGGACUAUGUCUGCAAAAAGGGCGAGGUUGGACGGGAGAUGUACAUCAUCAAGGCCGGGGAGGUGCAGGUGGUGGGCGGGCCAGACGGAAAGACCGUGUUUGUCACACUGAAGUCCGGGUCAGUGUUUGGGGAAAUCAGCUUGCUUGCAGUGGGUGGAGGAAACAGGAGAACAGCCAACGUAGUGGCUCAUGGCUUCGCCAACCUGUUCAUCCUGGACAAGAAGGACCUCAAUGAGAUUUUAGUGCAUUACCCCGAGUCUCAGAAGCUGCUCCGCAAGAAGGCCAGGAAUAUGCUGACAAAAGACAAGAAGCCUCAGGAGCCUCUGAAGGAGCCGGCCCAGGUGAUCCCUCCUCGGACAGAGACACCCAAGCUACUCAAAGCUGCUCUGGAGAUGGCUCAUCAGAAAACAGGCCUCAAAAGGACCCUUGCAAAGAUUAAGGAGAACACCAACAUAUCCAGUAUUUCGCUACAGCCCUCAAUGUCCUCCUCCCUGACCCCCCUGUCCCCAGUCUCUCCAGUCUCCAGUCUGGACCCAGAGCGCAAGUCUAGCAUCAUGUCUCCAACCUCAGACAGCUCCACGUUGCUCCGCCCCGCCUCCCAUUGUCACAGAGGGGAGACGCUGUCCAAGGAGCAAGACAACGUGGCGGAAGAAGAGGCAGGAGAGAGUGGGAAGAGGAAAGAAAAGAGAAAGCCAUGAGUUGUCUCCAAAAGCUUUAAGAGCAGUCUUCAUGUGGAGAAAUGGAUGCAGUUGUUUAUCCCUCUGUACUCUGUUGCAGAGAGGGAGACCAGAGAGAAGAGCCAUGGGUCCUAAAGAUCAUCCAAUUAUGUCUCAGGAGUCACAGAGUCACAGUUCCUGUUCCGUUAUACAUAUAGAAUCUUUUUUUGUUGUUGUUGUUUUUACCUCACUGACUGUCUUAUCCCCUUGACACUUAUGUAUAGGGCCUAGGCUACCUAAUUCCACAGGGAUGACGAAACGGGUGCUAAACUGAUGUCUUCGACAUUGCACUAUAUGUUUGUGUUUACAAUCCCAGGGGUAAAUGUACCAAUCAGCAAUAAUUGACACAGACAUCAUCUCGUUACGGAGAUAACAAAGCGGUCACACAGGGUAGAGCUGUAUGUAUGUGUGUGUGUGUGGGGAGUGUGUGUGUUGGUGAGGGGAGGGGAGGUGUCUCUCCAGGUCUUCUGUUAUGUCUGCUUUUGGAAACAAAUUCCUUCUCUUAAACCCUAGUUUUGUUAAUUUCCUAUUUAUUCAGCAAGGGGAGAUUUGUGAUUGGGAAAUACUAUAAAGAUGUUGGAAUGUGAGGAAAGAUUUUGCUGAUGUUUAUAAGAAAUGUUUACGUUUUGUAAAGAUGACCAGUUGUUUAUAGAGUUUUGUUCAAUGGAAUAUGUUAUUUUUGCCUUAUUUUUCAUGGCCCUUGAGGUAGUGUUUAGUGUUUCUGGGGUGAAUGGGUCAAAUAUGUAAAUGUUGAAAAGUGUACAGGCCUAGAUUUUAAAAAUGUAAACAAAUGUCAGCAUGUAAAUCUAAAUAUUGUUUUGUAUGUGCACAGGUAGCAGUGCAGCUAAUUAUUUAAUCAAGACUGGUAUGCUGUCAGUUCACCAUGCCAGACAAUCAAAGAUUUACUUUAGAGCCAACAGCUACAUCUAACAAAUUCAUUUGGAAUUUAGCUGAAUAAAUUAUGACAACGGUUACAACAGAUUUUGACAUGAGGGGUAUGUUUAAAAUGACUGUUUAUCAUUUUUUUUACUAACUUGACAGAUCAGAAGAAGACUCAUGUCCACAAUCUAUACAUGUACAUUACAUGGUUUUAAGUUUGAUAUUAUGAUAUUAUUGUUUCAUACUGUUAAUCAAAUGCUGUUUCAUACGUUCUUGGCUUGUAAAUACAUUGUAAAUGGAAAACUAAAGGGUGUGUAUAUUCCAUUAGUUUUCACAGGGAAAUUCUUAGACCCUUGCGUGUUAGUUUUUCAGAAAUCAAUGCAAGGUUUUACAUAAUUAUAUAGAUCCUAUAUUCCCACUUGGAAUACAUAGGGUCUAAAAACCAGCUACCGAAACUGCCAGACAAUCUGUAGAUUGAAUGUGAAUAUUGUUAUCGUGUUGGUUGACUACGUUCUUUGUGUGUGUUUAAAUGGUAUGUAUGGUGUAGGUCAGUGGUUCCCAACCUCUUUUGGUUAUUGUACCACCAACUGAAUUUUGCUCUGCCUGGAGUGCCCCAUGUGCAUUUUUACCAGUAGACCUAUGGUCUCUUGAAUCUUCUCAAGUACCCCCUGUGGAUAGGCCCAGUACCCCCAGAGGUCUUAGUACUGCUCAUUGGGAACCACUGGUGUAGGUGACAAAAGCUGGCAGCAUGCAACACAUGCUGAGAAAAAUAGCAUUUGUGACUCACCACGCAGCAAAUCUGAAUGCGUUGAUAUCACCAUGAUGAAUGUUUGAUGUUUUUGUGGAUUCCUUUCCAAAUAAAUCAUUAUGCGA